GGGCCGAGAGGGUCUCCCGGGCGGGGCGGAGGAGGAGAGAGUGCAAAACACAGCCUCGCCCCUGGAGCCCUGGAAGCAGCAACGCCCCUCGCUAUAAAUUUGGAGCUGCCUCAGCGAGGACGGUUCCAGCGCCAGUCAGCCCAGGGCCCGAGGCGACUGCGCGCCCGGGCAGACGCGCGACCAGCAGCUCUGCCCACCCGAGGCGGCGAUCCAGGGGGAGGGACCCAAGCGGACCCCGGCGGGAGCGCACACCCUGAAGCGGCGCCGCCGGCCCGCCCGACGCCGGCACAGCGUCCCGAGUGAGUGCGAUUUGACACCUGAUAAGCUGAUCUACAAUGACUGAGGUUUUAUCUGACUAAGUCACUGAAGUCAUCCCAGAAGGUCUGCAUCCAGCAGGUGUUGAGUGAACAUGGGAUGAAAGGAUAACGGCCUGAUGAAUGCACCGUUUGCAUUUCUGCUUCCUUGUGCUUGUCCCUGAUGUUUUCAUCACUGAAGUUCCUCUCCCUCUCUCCUCACUAGGUGCAUUUGGCAUAGUGUCUGAGACUGACUAACCCAAGAGAUCAAAAUGAUCCUCAACUCUUCCACCGAAGAUGGUAUUAAAAGAAUCCAAGAUGAUUGUCCCAAAGCUGGAAGGCACAAUUACAUAUUCAUCAUGAUCCCUACUUUAUAUAGUAUUAUCUUUGUGGUGGGGAUAUUUGGAAACAGCUUGGUGGUGAUUGUCAUUUACUUUUACAUGAAACUGAAGACUGUGGCCAGUGUUUUUCUUUUGAAUUUAGCUCUGGCUGACUUAUGCUUUUUACUGACUUUGCCACUGUGGGCUGUCUACACUGCUAUGGAAUACCGCUGGCCCUUCGGCAAUUACCUGUGUAAGAUCGCUUCAGCCAGCGUCAGUUUCAACCUCUACGCCAGUGUGUUUCUCCUCACAUGCCUAAGCAUUGACCGCUACCUGGCUAUUGUUCACCCAAUGAAGUCCCGCCUCCGGCGCACAAUGCUUGUAGCCAAAGUCACCUGCAUCAUUAUUUGGCUGCUGGCAGGUUUGGCCAGUUUGCCAACUAUAAUCCACCGCAAUGUAUUUUUCAUCGAGAAUACCAAUAUCACAGUUUGUGCUUUCCAUUACGAAUCCCAAAAUUCUACCCUCCCGGUAGGAUUGGGCCUCACCAAGAAUAUACUGGGAUUCUUGUUUCCUUUUCUGAUCAUUCUUACAAGCUACACUCUUAUUUGGAAGACCCUCAAGAAGGCUUAUGAAAUUCAGAAGAACAAACCAAGAAAAGAUGACAUUUUCAAGAUAAUUUUGGCAAUCGUGCUUUUCUUUUUCUUUUCCUGGGUUCCGCACCAGAUAUUCACUUUUAUGGAUGUGUUAAUUCAGUUGGGCCUCAUCCGUGACUGUAAAAUUGAAGAUAUUGUUGACACGGCCAUGCCCAUCACUAUUUGCUUGGCUUAUUUUAACAAUUGCCUGAAUCCUCUCUUUUAUGGCUUUCUAGGGAAAAAAUUUAAAAAAUAUUUUCUACAGCUUCUGAAAUACAUUCCCCCAAAGACCAAAUCCCACUCAAACCUGUCAACAAAAAUGAGCACACUCUCCUACCGCCCCUCGGAAAAUGGAAACUCUUCUACCAAGAAGCCUGCCCCAUGCCUUGAGGUUGAGUGACACCCUUGAAGCCUGUCUGCGAAGUCACCUUAAAGAAGGAGCAAGAAAAGCAUUCUUGUGCAACACCUCACUGCCAAGUGAGCAUGGGCUACACUUCAGAAUUAAAGGAGAAAUAGAUCAUGUGGACUGGACUGAUGCGUCUACAGCCCUGAACAAACGUUCUGCCCUUUGCAACUCAGCAACGCGAAGCCACAUUCUGCCAUGUUUUGCAUGAGACAGCUGAUGCCCACUCAAAGAACUGAUGUCAGAAACUGGAUGAAAGCGUUGAUUUGGAAAUUUUACUGGGAGAAGUGUCCUCUCCCUAGGCUGCUCUUGUUCUGUUAUUUUUGAUUUCCACAUGAAAGUACUUAGAAUAUGUUAAACCUCAAGAGGAGCAACAGGAGAGAGCUUAAGACUGCCAUGCCCAAUUUCCAAAGGGCAGCAAAGCUUUCGUGCCUAUUUAGCUAUUAGCAACUGCGGCCCGCUUGUACCUGCUACUGCACAUUUCAUACAAAGACUCGCUAAGCGGCAGUUGUCAGGUUUCAGAAGCUUUCCUGAAAUCCAACCCGUGUCUUAUAGAUUCACACUGCCAAAGUAUGCCAGCUGAGUGGCUUAUUUGUAUAAUGAUGUUACUGUAGUCAUGUAUAAAAAUUAAAUUACUUGUAAAGGUGUUAUUCCAGUCCCAGGUAGUCGUUUUAGUUUUAUUUCAGAUCUGAGAAGUAUAUAUAUUUUGUGGUGAAAAGAUUAUAUAUCAUAAAAUAUGCCUUACUGUUUAAAAAAGUAUAUAUUCAACCUGUGCAUGUAUCUCUCUAAACUGCUGUUAUCUUAUUAAAAUUUGGCGAAGUUAUAGUCACAUUAAAAUAAUGUUAUUGCAAUGUAUUUAAUCUUCAUUACUUAAAGUAGAUUGUUGGUUUAUUUUUAAAACA